AUGAACAGCUUGGUGGCUACACCACCUGUGCCUCCACACUUUUACGAAUAUUCCCGUCUUUCCUCCCCUCGUCCAAUGUCUACACCAACCUACACCCCUAAUAGCCGCAAGCGGAAAGCCGACGACGAUGGUAACGAUCAUGAUGGACGAAUGUCUGCCUCCCCGACGAGCUCGCCAGCAUUCACACCGAGGUCUCUUCCUAGUCGAAAUCUGAAACGGGCCCGCCCGAAUGUCAGCGGUCGACCCCUGUCGCUUCCUCGUUUGCUCGAGACCUUAGAUACAGAUGCUCUCCGAGGGGUCCUUCGAUCGAUGUGUGAACGCCAUCCGGGACUAGUUGAUGAAGUUGUUCAUACUGCUCCUCGCCCGAGUGUAUCCUCCGCUCUUCAGGUGCUUCGAAAUUACCAAUCUACUCUCCAAUCCUCCUUCCCCUUGGGUGGCAACCCGGCAUCCGACUACGCUUAUAACCGAGUUCGACAACCUCUAUCCAAUCUUCUAGAUGCCUUGAGCGACUUCACACCGCACUUCUUACCACCUAACGAAACCCAACCUUCUUUAUCUCUAAAUUACCUAGAUGGCGCCACCGAAAUCAUUCACGCAUUACCACGAUGGCACACGCCCCAGAACAACAUAGAGCGGGACUCUGCAUACGAUGAAAUUUGCAAGGCCUGGAUCCUUGUGAUCCGGGAGGCUGCCAAACGUGGCGGGGGCAUUCAGUUACAGUAUGGUGGUUGGGAUCAGAAGUUGGCGAAGCACAACCAAAACUCCGGUGGUAAGCUGCAGGCGGCCGUCAACGAGCUUGGAGUCAGUUUAGGAUGGAUGCACGGACCUGAAACCCAAACUCAUGCAAGCCCAGGCGGUAAUGACUUUGGGUCCAUCCGGGAGCAGCUGCUGUCCGGCACCUACGGACUGGGGACUCCAGUUAAAGUUGGGCCAUGGUAA